AUGGAGAUCAAGGACCUGAUAGCAUUUAGUGAUUUCGAUUUACUUGUACACCAGACGCUUAAGCAGUGGGUAACUCAGGAUUCAAAAAUUAUGAUGUAUCAUUGUAACUUGUUUAGUUUGGCCAGCAAAUUCAGAAUUUUAGAACUUAGACGUAUUCCCCGCACUUGUAACGACUUUGCCGAUACUUUAGCUACUCUGUCUUCGAUGAUCCAACAUCCAGAUGGGUUGGUGAUUGAACCUAUACACAUUCAACUUCAGGAUAGGCCAGCGCAUUCUCUGGUUAUGGAAAUGGACUCUGAUGUUCGCCCCUAG